AUGGUGUCCCCCAGUGGACCGAGUGAUGAAAAGAAAUCCCAGCCUGCAGAAGAGGAGAAUAGCGACACUCUAAAAUAUCAACUCCUCGGACCCUCUUUAACCAAAGCGGGCCAAGAUGCCGUUGAUCAGCAGAAGGUGUCUGAAAUUAUCUACGAAGCAUCAAAAGGCUCCAAAUUUUUCAAUCAUGAGCAAGAGAGAGAUCGGAACCUGACGGUCAAGAUCGAACGCAUCCGGAAGGAAAAGGCUCGGCUAGAAAGAUUGGAUCUCAGUCAUGAGCUCCGCCGAGCAGAUGAAUACCUUGCUGAAUUAGAAUCGACCCGGGAUCUGUCCCAAUAUGUGAUUCAUGUCGACUGUGACGCCUUUUUUGCGGCCGUAGAGGAGUUGGAUCGCCCGGAGUUGAAAUCAGUUCCUAUGGCUGUUGGUAAAGGUGUGCUGACUACUUGCAACUACUUGGCGCGAAAGUUCGGCGUGCGCAGUGGAAUGGCAUCCUUUGUUGCAAAGAAGCUAUGUCCACAGCUCGUUCUGCUUCCUCAGAACUAUGAAAAAUAUACGGCAAAGGCCAAGGAGAUCCGAGCGAUCAUGGCGCAGUAUGAUCCCCUCUUUGAAAGUGCCAGUAUCGAUGAAGCCUACCUCAACAUUACUCCGUAUUGCGUUGAAAAUAACAUGACCCCGGAGGAAGUUGUCCAGCAAAUGCGCGCCGAGAUUCUGGAAUCCACCAAAGUUUCUGUGUCAGCGGGCAUCGCCGCCAAUGCAAAAAUCGCCAAGAUUUCCUCUAAUCAAAAUAAACCAAAUGGUCAGUUUCGUGUCGCGAAUGAACGAGGUGCAAUCAUGGACUUCAUGCGGAACUUACCAGUUCGCAAAGUGAAUGGUGUGGGUCGAGUUUUUGAACGAGAACUUAGCUCAAUUGGCGUUGAAACGUGUGGUGACAUAUACCCACACAGAGCGCUUUUGACAAAACUUUUUGGCGAAAAGGCCUUUCAGUUCUUGGCCCAGUGCUAUCUUGGUCUCGGUCGUACGAAAAUCGAACCGGUUGAGACUUAUGAACGGAAGAGUGUUGGGACGGAGACUACAUUUCAUGAAAUUGGCGACAAAGAGGAGAUUCGAGCCAAGCUCAACUGGGUGGCACAAGAACUUGAAAAGGAUUUGGCGCGAACGCAGUUCAAGGGCCGCACACUUGUUCUUAAAGUGAAACUACACACUUUUGAAGUUCUAACUCGCCAAACAGCUCCACCUCGGGCUAUCUCCCAGGCAAAAGACCUGUAUGCAUUUGCGCUGCCCAUGCUCGUAAAAUUGGAGAAGGAUAUUCCCGGGAUGAAACUCCGGCUACUUGGUCUACGGUGUACAAAUCUAGUCAGUACUAAGAAACCGGGCAUCAACUUCUUUGGCGUAGCAGCAGCACCAAGCAGACCAGCCUUGAUAGAAAACCCCGAUGGCAACAUCACGGAACAUGAAAUCAGUGCUGAGGAAGCAUUCGAGACUGCUGCUCGCCAAGAAAUUCAAGAUGAGAUGAAUGAUCUUGAGCAGCUCAGUCAGGAAGCAGCCAAUAUUCCAGACUGUCCUCCUACGGCCAAACCAAUCAAUCCCUCUUCAGCACCACAAUGGGAUUGUCCCAUAUGUGGCCGAGCUCAAGCGGCCGAUGACCGCAUAUUCAACGACCAUGUGGAUUUCUGUCUUUCUCGACAAACAAUUCUUCAGGCUGUGCAAGAUACCUCGGAUCCCUCAGAGCAAAGCUCAUCUGCGCCUAGCCGGAAACGUAAACCAAUUUCUCAGUCCUCCUCUGAUCCAAGGCAAAAGCGACUAUUUUUUCAAUGA